UGAUCGGCGUCACUAGCUUGAGAGGAUACCGCUCGAUUACAAUAUUAUAUUUAACAAUCAAAUAGUUUCAUUUCGUUUCUUAUUAUCAUCCAUUUAUAGAAGAAACAACAAGAAAUGCAGAUAAAAAUUUGUCAUCAUUAUUUAGUAAUACUAACACAGACUUUUAAAAAUAGAAAAUUAAUUUUCUCGCUACAUGAAAAUUGCUUUAAGCGGACCCAUUUAAAGUGGGGAUUUAUCGACUGUAUUGGGGCCUUACAUUAUGUAUCAAAUUUGAUACUUUCACUUCGAUCUUUCGUUCCGUGUACAUAAUCAAUUUAACCUGGAAAAUGCGUAUUAAUCGAUGCAGUUGAAAACGAUAAUAUGUUUUAAUUCGAAAAGGAGAAACAGCUGCGAUCUUUAGCUGCUUCGAAAACUGGAAUGUAAGAUCAAAAUGGUGGCAGUGGCAGAUAGAUCGAUAUUGGCCUGCAAUGUCACGUAUUGUUGAUAAUUCUUCUGUUUGUCGCACAUUAAACAGAGCAUGGAAUGGAUGGAUCAUGUCCAUUACUUCUUCCAUCCUUUGGGGAAAAGGGCAGCUCUGAGAGGGAGACUGUAUAUUCAUCACAGAAAGUGGGUCUGUAUAGACCACCCUCUGAUGCAAUUGACUUAGGAUAUCAUACAUUAGACAACAAUGCCUGCCGAUCGACAUCUUCAUCGACUGCUAUAUCUGUUCCCAUCAGACAACAAACUUUGUUGCAACAGAAAUGUAGUUAUGCGGCUGAUUUGUGUCAGCUGGAUGAUACUUUAUUACUGAGAAUAUUCAGCUGGCUAGGUACCAGAGAUCUAUGUUCCAUUGCCCAAACCUGCAGACGCCUUUGGGAAAUAGCGUGGGAUCCAUCCCUUUGGAAGGAAGUGGAAGUACGUUAUCCUCAGAAUGCAACUAUCGCAUUAAACGCAUUGACCAGACGAGGAUGUCACACAUGCAUCCGCCGUCUUGUACUUGAAGGUGCUGUUGGCCUGGCUGGUAUUUUCACUCAGUUGCCAUUCUUAAGUUUAACUUCUUUAGUACUACGACAUUCCAGACGCGUCACAGACGCAAAUGUGAGUGCCGUUUUAGACAAUUGUAUACACUUGAAGGAAUUGGAUUUGACAGGAUGCAUCGGCGUGACCAGAGCGUGUAGCCGAAUAACAACAUUGAAGCUGCAAUCACUGGAUCUCAGUGAUUGUCAUGGCAUAGAGGAUUCUGGCUUGGUGCUCACUCUUUCACGCAUGCCGCAUCUUGGUUGCUUGUAUUUACGGCGGUGUGCGCGUAUAACUGACGCCAGUCUCGUAGCAAUUGCCUCCUAUUGCGCCAGUUUAAGACAAUUGUCUGUCUCCGACUGUGUGAAGAUUACAGAUUUCGGCGUACGUGAAUUGGCAGCUCGUCUUGGUCCGUCUUUGCGUUAUUUCUCAGUAGGCAAAUGCGAUCGUGUAUCAGACGCUGGUCUCUUAGUUGUAGCCAGACACUGUUACAAGCUGAGAUAUUUAAAUGCUCGUGGCUGUGAAGCACUCAGCGACAGUGCUACGUUAGCUUUGGCGCGUGGAUGUCCACGAUUGAGGGCUCUGGAUAUAGGAAAAUGCGACAUUGGUGAUGCAACUCUGGAAGCUCUUUCCACUGGAUGUCCAAAUUUAAAAAAAUUAUCUUUAUGCGGUUGCGAGCGAGUUUCGGAUGCUGGAUUGGAAGCAUUAGCUUAUUACGUACGAGGGCUGAGGCAAUUAAAUAUUGGCGAAUGCCCCAGGGUCACAUGGGUUGGAUACCGUGCGGUAAAGCGUUACUGUCGUAGAUGCAUCAUAGAGCAUACUAAUCCUGGUUUCUCAAGCUGAGCCUUUUAAACCGUCCUCUAUUUACCGCAUUUACUGUCUAUUUAUUAACAACUCUUGUUUCAUUUCUCUUUUAGACAUUAAUUUGUAAAAAGUAAUUAUCCAACAAUUGUGAAAAUAUAUAUACAUAUGUAUCAUAUACCACAAGUCAUGCGAGAGUAUAUCAUAUAUAUCUAUAUAUAUUUGCAUAUAUACAUAUAUACAUAAACAUAUAUAUACAUAUAUAUGUGUUUCAUAAUUUCUAAACAUUAUUCUUUGCUAUUUAUUAAUUUUAUAAUUUAAUACGUGAAAGCAAUCUUUC